AUGGAUUUUAGUCCUCAAGAGGGAGACUGGACGUCAAACGAGCAGACGGCUUACCUCAUGGUCGGCAAAAGAGCAGACGGAUUACCUGAUGGUAAUAAUAUCUACAAGUAUUUCAACUUCAUAGAAACGGCCGAAACGCGAACUAUACCUACGCGCCCGAUGUCGGGACGCGCUCGGGACGCAGACAGACGCGGCUGUACCGCAGUGACGAACGGACGGUCGGCAAACGAGCAGACGGAUUACCUGAUGUACCUCCACGAGAUCGGUCACAAAGUGUGUGUGACGCAGCCACGCGUGGCCGCUGCAGUAUCGCUAGCAUGUCGGGUGGCCGAAGAGCGAGGCGUCAUACUAGGAGAACAGGUCGGAUACGCUGCUGCCAACACAAACUGCCGGGGAGUCAACACUGAUAUUGUUUUUAUGACUGAAGGUGUUCUUCUAAGAGAAAUGUUUGCAUCGCCGCUGCUAAUGCAGUACUCCUGUAUAGUUCUGGACGAGGUCCAUGAACGAACGCAGAUGACAGAUGUACUAAUGGGUUUAUUGAAGAAAAUUAUCAAGAAACGCAAAAACCUCAAGUUAGUUGUUUCAUCUGCGACUAUGGAUGCAGAGUUUCUUCGAGAUUUCUUCAACACGAGAGAUAGGGCGCAGCGAGACAAACCUAGCACAUCCACGAUCAUGUCUAUGCAGGGCCGCACACAUCCUAUUGAGGUGUUUUAUACGCAAGAACCAGUACCUGACUAUGUGAAGGCUACAGUGGAUACAGUUAUCAGGAUCCACGAGAACCAGCCGUUUGGUGAUAUCUUAGCUUUCUUGACGUCACAGGAAGAAAUCUUAACGGCCCUAGAAACUCUCCGUACGUACGCUGACAACAACAAUGAAACAAACAAGCAUCGAAGUCACUUCCCCAGCGGUAUAAAGGCAGCCAACAUGCUUGUAGUACCAAUGUACGGGACUUUGCCUCACUAUAAGCAAGUUAAAGUUUUUCAGAGAACAGACAAUAACGUCAGGAAGGUUGUCAUAGCAACCAAUGUCGCCGAAACCAGUGUUACCAUACCUGGAGUUGUUUAUGUAAUAGACUGCGGUUUCCACAAGCUGCCUUACUUCGACCCUGCGGUCGGGGUGGAGAGUCUGACGGUGACAACAGUGUCGCGCCACAACGCCAUACAGCGAGCUGGCCGGGCCGGACGGACUGCCAGGGGGUACUGCUAUAGACUGUACACAGAAGCUGAAUACGAGAAGCUGCCUCCAUCAGUGCCUCCUGAAAUGUGUCGAAGUGAUCUUUCAGGAGUAUUGCUACAGCUGAAGGCUUUGGGCAUUAAUAACUUGCUAAGGUUUACGUUCCCGACCCCCCCUCCGGCGCGCAGCGUACUAUGCGCGCUAGAGACGCUGUACGCCCUGCAGACUAUAGACAGAGAUGGGGGGCUCACCCCCCUGGGGGAGAUGGUGGCUGAACUGCCUUUAAAGCCCAUGUGUGCCACGAUGCUGUGUCGGAGUGGAGAGUGGGGGUGUGUGGACGAGGCUCUAUCUAUAGCGGCCAUGUUGCAAGUAGACAACGUGUUCCUGAAGCCAGGAGGGGGUAAGCAGAUCAUAGAUGCCAAGAUCAGCCGCAGGAAUAACUUUGAGGUAGCUGAAGGCGACAUAAUAAUGUACUUGAACAUAAUGGAAGCCUACCUGAAGCUGAAAACUUCAGACGACGACAAGAGAAACGCGAGGGCUUGCAAGCAGUGGUGCGAUAAAUAUUACAUCAAUCACAAAGUUAUGGAGAAGGCGUGUGAUGUUCGAAAAAACUUGGAGAAAUUAAUCAGAGGAAAGUUCAAAAUUGAAGAGAAACAGUUUGAAGGAAUUGACUUUGGAUCAGGUAAAACAGAACGCAUAAUGAAGUGUAUAGUAACCGGAUACUUCCCCCAAGCCGCGUACCUCGCGGCCGACUGCAGCUACCGCGGGCUGCGCGGCGCCAGUCUAGCGCUCAGCCCCGACUCCUGUCUGUUUAAAGUUCAACAACCUAAGUGGGUAAUAUUCGCGAGCGUGUCGAGUUCGUGUGGCGUGACGUACAUGCGUGACGUGACGACGGUGCAACAAGCCUGGCUACUGGAACUGGCGCCGCAUUACUAUAGGCAGACCUGAUGCUAUAAUAAA